AGCCUACAAUGCUUCUUUGUAUUGUGGGGAGAAACUGGGGUACCCGGAGGAAACCCACCAAGUUCAGGAAGAACAUUCAAACUCCACAAACGCAGAACAGAGAUGAGAUUUGAAUCACCAUCCCUGGAUGUGGGAUGUCAAAGGUUCACAUUUCUCAUAAAGUCCAAUUCUCAUUGUGUGGUUCCCAGCCCUCCUACUCCAGUGCUACCUGUAAUACCUAUAAAAAAAAAAAAAAGGAAAUCAUGCCAAGGCGAGCCAGCACAGGCAGUGUGAUGCACUGGACACUGUCCACCUUUGCAUUCAGAUGGAUUUUACCUUCUGUUUAGGUGACAUGCUAUGGGACCUAUUUAAUAUAUGGCAGGGGGAUUUAAUGUUAUCACUGAUCAGUGUCUAAUUUGCCUCAUGACACCUUUUUAUCCAAUUUUAUUACUGUUCAAAGUCACACAAGUAGUAAAAAGAGCACAAAGUACAGUCUAAUAUUGAUACAUUUAGGUUAAUAAAUAACAUCCAUCAUUAUAUAAAAUCACAUAAAUACAGAACACAUUCAAAGCGGUUUAUGAAUCCCAGACACAGCUCAAGACAACGUGACUACAGAAAUGGAGAGACUCGUGGUCUUAUUCUCACUGUUUCUCCUCACCACAGCCAAAAGACAAGACCUUUCAGGUAAAAUGUUCACAUUCCCUGUGGAGUCCAACACUCAUCAUGUGGUUCUCAAUCCUGAGAUGAAUAAGAUCUUCUUCACUGUCACCGUGUGUCUGCGUGUCUUCUCCGACAUCUCCAGAUUUCAGAGCCCAUUCUCACUUUCUCUCCCAUCAUGUGACAACGCCUUUUCAAUUUUCAAGGAAAAUCAUGUGUAUAUUUUGAACAUUUUAAACGAAGGUCAGAAUUUUUGGGGCUUGAAGGAUGAAUAUAAUGUCUGGAAUUCAGUGUGUGCUACCUGGGACGCUAGCACAGGACUCGCUCAGGUCUGGGUCAAUGGAAUCCCGAGUUCACGAAAAGGAAUCAAGGCAGGAGGCUCUUUAACUGGAAUUCCAAAAAUCAUUCUGGGUCAAGAGCAAGACAGUUACGGUGGACAUUUUGAUGCGGCGCAGUCAUUUGUUGGGAUGCUGACUGACGUGCACAUGUGGGACUCUGUUCUGUCUCCUGAUCAGAUUGCGUAUUAUUCACAUGGUGGGCAGUUUACGCCAGGCAACGUUAUCAACUGGAACUCACUAGAAUUUAGUACAAAUGGGUAUGUAGUCGUUGAAAGUAAAGAAACUUCACAUGAAGUUGGUAAUAUGUAGAAACUAGAGUAAACACACACUAGAUGU